AUGGGGAAUCUUCCUCGCAGCCGAGUCACUCCUGGACGCCCGUUCCUCCACACCGGCGUGGACUACGUCGGCCCGUUCCAAAUCCGGACGUCCAAAGGGCGAGGACAUCGAGCGUACAAAGGCUUCAUCGCCGUUUUUGUGUGCCUUUGUACACGAGCCGUGCACUUAGAGUUGGCCUCGGACUAUACAACCGAGGCCUUCUUGGCCGCCUUCCGCCGAUUCACUUCACGUCGCGGCCUGUGCACGGACUUAUACUCUGAUUGCGGCACCAACUUUAUUGGCGCAGACCGCGAAUUGAGAAAACUCUUCCAAGGAUCAACGUCCGACGGCCGUCGUAUCGCGCACAUCACGAGUUCACAGGGAGUGCGAUGGCACUUCAACCCACCCGCCGCGCCGCACUUCGGGAGGCUCUGGGAGGCGGCCGUCAAAUCCACAAAACACCACUUGAGACGAAUCAUCGGGGAAGCCACGCUAACAUUUGAGGAGUUCAGCACCUUCCUCACACAAGUGGAGACCUGCCUAAAUUCAAGGCCACUCCACGCCUUAUCCGACGACCCCGACGACUUCACCGCACUAACACCCGGACACUUCCUCAUUGGCGCCCCGCUUCUCGCCGUACCGGAGCCAUCGCGGACCGAACAAAGGGACACUCACAUAUCGCGAUGGCAACUGGUGCAAAAAAUGAGGGACCAUUUCUGGCAAAGAUGGUCCCGAGAAUACCUUCACGGACUUACCUUUCGACCGAAGUGGCUGGGACCUGAGGUGGCUCCCAACAUCGGCACGCUUUGCUUACUCCGCUCCGAGACAACCCUGCCGAGCCGAUGGCCCCUCGCCCGCAUCAUCAAGCUGCACCCCGGAGGCGACGACGUCGUGCGCGUGGUGACCAUCCGGACACCCACCAUAGAGCUCAUCCGACCACUUACCAAGCUCGUGUUGCUUCCCAGCAUCACCGAGACAUCAUCGCCGACAAAAAACCGCUCUCUUGUACACUAG